ACGUGAUCGAGGAAGGUUGUGUCGCGCCUCUCUCCGGGUGAUUCACUCUCACACGAGAUCUUGCGUUGCGUUAAUCCUCUCCCUUCCUGACACGAUGCCUGCGAACGCGGAGGCGAGCAGUACUCUGGUGUUCUUCGUGAACGGGAAGAAGGUUGAAGAUCCUGACGUCGACCCAGAAGUGACUCUUCUGACUUAUCUGCGCAACAAAUUACGUCUUUGCGGAACGAAGCUCGGCUGCGGCGAAGGAGGAUGCGGAGCCUGCACGGUGAUGCUCUCCAGAUACGACCGGCGGCGGGAGCGAGUCGUCCACUACUCGGUCAACGCGUGCCUGGCCCCCGUGGCGGCGGUGCACGGGAUGGCGGUGACGACGGUGGAGGGCAUCGGGUCGACGCAGACGCGCCUCCACGCGGUGCAGGAGCGGAUCGCCCGCGCCCACGGCUCCCAGUGCGGCUUCUGCACGCCCGGCAUCGUCAUGUCCAUGUACACGCUGCUCAGGAACCACCCGAAGCCGUCCAUGGAACAGCUCGACGAGUACUUCACAGGGAACCUCUGCCGGUGCACAGGAUACCGCCCCAUCAUGGAGGGGUUCAGAGGCCUCACCACCGACGCCCCUGCAGGAGGCGGAUGCGGCAGGAAGGACUGCUGUAAAUUAAAGGCAAAAGCAGCUCAUUCGGCGAGGGAACUAACCCGCUGUCCAAUCCCAGAUGCCUCCGAGACGAACGGCCACCUCGUCGAAACGGAUCCCAAGAUGCAGAACGGAGAGACGGAAGGUCAGAUUGGGGAAGUGAGUGACGUCACGCACGUUCUCUAUGACGCAGAGGAUUUUCAACCUUACGAUCCUACCCAGGAGCUUAUUUUCCCCCCAGAGCUUAAGGUGCAAACCGAGUGGGAGACCCAAUACGUUGAAUUUCGCGGGCCCCGUGUCACGUUCCACAGGCCUAAUACACUUUCGCAACUCUUGAAGCUGAAGACUGAGCACCCCCAAGCGCGGAUUAUUGUUGGCAACACUGAAGUCGGUGUCGAAGUGAAAUUCAAGAACCAGACUUAUCCAGUGCUCAUCAACCCAACCAACAUCCCAGAACUGACAGCCGUAACAGUGACAGAGACAGGAGUGACAUUUGGUUCCUCAGUCACUCUCACGACGAUCGAGGACACGCUGAGACACCAGGUCAACACGCUACCAGAGUAUCGAACGCGGGUCUUCGCUGCCAUCUUGGAAAUGCUCCGCUGGUUCGCCGGGAAGCAGAUCAGGAACGCAGCGGCCAUAGGAGGUAACAUCAUGACGUCAUCACCAAUCAGUGACCUCAACCCCCUCCUAAUGGCUGCGGGAGCGGUCCUCACAGUGAGAAGCGCAAAGGGCGGGAUGCGAGAGAUCGUGAUGGACGAGCACUUCUUCACGGGAUACAGAAGGAAUGUGGUUCGACCUGAAGAAAUCCUUGAGGCUGUUCAUAUUCCAUACACGCGCGAGAACGAGUACUUCCUGGGCUACAAGCAGGCCCGGCGGCGCGACGACGACAUCGCCAUCGUGAACGCGGGGAUGCGCGUCGCCUUCCGCCCGGACUCCAUCGCCGUCGAGCAGCUCCGCCUGGCCUUCGGCGGGAUGGCGCCCACCACGGUCAUGGCGCCCGCGACCAUGGAGAAUCUACAAGGACGUGACUGGGAUUCCUCUCUCCUGGAGGCAGCGACCACCCACCUCCUGAAGGACCUCCCACUCGCUCCUUCGGCUCCUGGGGGCAUGGUGGAGUACCGUCGGGCGCUCACUAUAAGUUUCUUCUUCAAGUUCUACCUGAGUGUUCGCGGACGGCUCAGCGAGAAGCUUCCGUCACUGGUGGAGCCUUUGACAGAAGACGAGCGGAGGGUGACCUUGGUGCAUCAACACACGACUCCUAAGAGCACACAACUCUUCCAGACGGUCUCGCCAGGUCAGGAUAGGUUCGACCCCAUAGGCAGGCCGAUGACCCACGCCGCUGCCUUCAAGCAGGCCGCCGGAGAGGCCGUGUACGUGGACGACAUGCCGCACUUCCAGAACGAACUGUACGCGGCGGUGGUCCUCUCAACCAAAGCCCACGCCAGGAUCCUCAGCAUUGACGAGUCCGAAGCCCUGAAGGUCGAGGGCGUUGUGAGGUUCUUCUGCGCGAGGGACAUCCCGGACGAGAGAAACAAGACAGGUUGUAUUUUACCGGACGAGGAGAUUUUUGCGUCAGAGAAAGUUACCUGCGUGGGUCAGGUGAUAGGGCUGGUUGUGGGGAAGGACCAGGCCACGGCGCAGAGAGCAGCCAAACUGGUGAAGGUCCAGUAUCAGGAGCUGUCGCCGAAAAUCAUAACGAUCCAGGACGCCAUCCGAGAGAAGUCGUGGUGGGGCCCUUGGAACAUCAAGAAGGGUGACGUCGAGGCAGCCCUGGCGUCGUCCUCCAACGUCCUCGAGGGCGAGCUGCACAUGGGCGGCCAGGAGCACUUCUACCUCGAGACCAACGCCCACCUCGCCGUGCCCAAGCUCGAGGACGGGGAGAUGGAGCUGUUCACGUCUUCCCAGAACCCGACGAGGACGCAGGAGCAGGUGGCGGCGGCGCUGGGCGUGCCCUUCAACCGCGUGGUGUGCCGCGUCAAGAGGAUGGGCGGAGGCUUCGGCGGGAAGGAGUCCAGGACGACCGUGGCGUCCCUGCCCGUCUGCGUGGCGGCGGCGGCCCUCCAGCGCCCCGUACGCAUGAUGCUGGACAGAGACGAGGACAUGCUCAUGACCGGCAACCGACAUCCGUUCUUGGGCCGCUGGAAGGUCGGAUUCACGAACGAGGGCGUCUUCACGGCCAUGGAGAUGGACUUGUACGCGAACGGCGGCAAUUCGUACGAUCUCUCCGGUUCGGUCGUGCACAGAGCGAUGUUCAGUAUGGAUAAUGCUUACAAAUGUGAGAACAGACGCGUGACGGGUUAUGCCUGCAAGACCAACCUUUCGUCCAACACGGCUUUUCGAGGCUUCGGAGGCCCCCAGGGGAUGCUCUUCGCCGAGGACAUCGUGUCGAGGGUGGCGCAUUAUCUCCGGAUGGAUCCAUAUGAGGUGCGAGCAAAGAACCUCUACACUACCGGGGACUCGACUCACUUCGACCAACUGCUGGAGAAGUGCAACGUCAGGAGGUGCUGGGAGGAGGUCACCCACCAAGCCGAUUACCACAAGCGGAAGGAGGCGGUGGACUUGUUUAACGCAAACAACAAGUACAGAAAGCGGGGCAUAGCCGUCCUGCCUACUAAAUUCGGCAUCGCGUACACCGCCGUGUUUCUCAACCAGGCCGGGGCGCUCGUCCUGGUGUACACUGACGGCUCUGUCCUCCUCUCCCACGGGGGCACCGAGAUGGGCCAGGGACUCCACACCAAGAUGAUUCAGGUGGCUGCCAGAACCCUCAAGAUCCCAGCCUCCAGGAUCUUCAUCGCCGAGACGAGCACAGACAAGGUCCCCAACACGUCUCCCACGGCUGCGUCUGCGUCGUCAGAUCUCAACGGAAUGGCGGUUUUGAACGCUUGCAACACGAUCAUGCAGCGGCUGGAACCCUACAUGGCAAGCAACCCCAAAGGAAGCUGGGAUGACUGGGUAAAAGCGGCCUACUUCGACCGGGUGUCUCUGUCGGCCACGGGAUUCUAUAAAACCCCUGACAUUUCCGGGUACGAUUUCGAGAAGGGGGAAGGACGGCCGUUCAAUUACUUCAGUUACGGAGCGUCUGUCUCUGAGGUCGAGAUAGACUGUCUCACGGGUGAUCACUCGGUCCUCCGCACAGACAUCGUGAUGGACGUCGGCGACUCGCUCAACCCCGCCAUCGACAUCGGGCAGGUGGAGGGCGCCUUCGCUCAGGGCCUCGGACUCUUCACCCUAGAGGAACUCCGGUUCUCCCCCGAGGGCGUGCUGCUCACCCGUGGCCCCGGCGCCUACAAGAUUCCAGGUUUCCAAGAUAUUCCGCGAGAAUUCAACGUGUCCCUACUCCGCGGGGCGCCCAACCCGAGAGCUGUCUUCUCGUCCAAGGCUGUCGGAGAACCCCCUCUGUUCCUCGCGGCUUCGGUGCUCUUCGCCCUCAAGGAAGCCGUGGCCGCCGCUCGAGCCGACCAAGGCCUCGACCCCGUGUUCCGCUUCGACUCCCCGGCCACGGCUGAGAAGAUCCGAAUGGCCUGCCAGGACUUCCUUACGCAGAAGAUUGAGUCGGCUGCCCCGGGUACAUUCAAGCCAUGGUCGGUGACGGUGUAGAAGCGACCACCUCCUCGCCCCCUCUUCGCCCCCUCCCCCCGCUUGUUAAUGCUCAACAUUUUUACCAUUAUCACGAAGAGAAUAGAAAAAUGGUGAUAUUUUUUACACUUUACCUGAAAUGCUGUUACGAAUAAAUAUGAAGUUUUAUUUUGUUCUUUAUCGUUGUUGUUUUAGGUGGGCAAGUUCGCCUCGUGAAUGGGUAGUAAUAUGGGUUUAAUUAUUUCGCUGCUUUUUCUCCUGCCUUUCCUCUUCCACCGUUUCAUCGCUUCCGUAUCCUCCUCAGUCUCCUCAUCCUCAAUUUCGCCGUUUUCUCCUCUUCGCUGUUUCGCUUUCUCUUAUUCCUUCUCUUCUUGUUGCCAGACCUCUGUCCUACUCCAGUCCUCUUCCCCCUUCUCGCAUUCUUUUCCUCUACCUUUUUACUCUAACUCCCCUUCCCCCUCCUGUGACAAUCCUCUAAUUUCCCCUCUCCUAUUUUUCUUUUUUUCCUUCUUCGUCUUCUUGUCCUUGUUCUUGUUUUUGUUUUUGUUCAUCUUUUUCUUCCUCUUCUCCUUCUUUCUCCUUUCUUUUUUCUUUCUCUUUCUCCUAUCCCUUUUUUCAUCUCAGUGACCUUGUUAUUUAGGUGUCACGUGAUCUUUUUUUCAUCUAGAUUCUGAUAUAGAUUAACAUUCAUUAUGGUCCUUUCAUUUUAAUUUUCUUUUUUUUCCGUCAUAUUAAAAAAUAAUCAGUGAAGAUUAACAUUGCGUAAGUAUAUACUAUAUUUUUAAUACAUCUUAUAGAUAUUGUCUAUUCUCUGAUCCUUAUGUUGGCUAAGAACAAAAAAGCAACAACAACAACAAAACAAGCAAAUGAAAAACAAAUGUGAUUGGUUUAUGGUUAAAUACACCAGAAGUGAAACUUAUCAUGUUUAUAUUUGGAAUUGUAAAUAAUAUAUUUCUAUUCACGAUUCUUCUUAUAUAGUUUACAGAGAUGUGUUCCUGUAAAAUCUUUCGUUAUUUCUCUUUCUUUUUGGUCCGUUUUCUUUAUAGUCUCCCAAUUUUUCCGUUUUAUUUAGUUUUUCGUUAUUUCGUCAUUUCAUUAUUCUCUUCUUCCAUCGUCUUUUCUUCAUCUACUGCUUCAUCUCUUUUGCCACCAAUAUUAUCUUUUAUUUUGUUUUUCUCCAUUUGGUUUCGUUUUUUUCUGUGUUCUUUCCAUCUUCGGUGUUUUUCUUUCAUUUUAGUUUCUUGUCCAUCAUUUCUUUUUCUGUUGCUUUAUCUGUCUAUACCAUCUGUCUUUUUUGUUUUUCUUUUUGUUUCAUUUUCUUUAUACUCUUCAUUCCCCUUUCGUUUUUUUAUUAUCUGUCUUCCUUUUCCUCUUCCGCUGCUUCAUCUCUAUCCUACCAUCCCAACUUCCGGUCAUGUGCCAAUAUGUCUUUUGAUUCAGUAAAGAUUAAGUAUUAGAAUUACAGAUUUUAUUGGCAUAAUAUUAGUUAAAAGUCACAGACUAUGAAGUGUUUUUAUUUAGUUUUAAUCGUAUGAAUUUGAAUCCUUUAUUUGGAUUUUUGGAUAACAAAAUUAGUGGGUGAUAUAUGAUAUUUUUUAACUCAUUGUUAAUGUUGUUAACAUAACUAUUUAUUUCCUUCUAAAAUAAAUAUUUGUAGGUUUCUCUCUUAUAAAAAAGUUCAAAAUCAAAAGAGGCAAUGGAAACUAUCAAGAAGUUACUAACUUUCAAAAUGAAUAUAUGUAUUUUGUCUAUAGGUCUUUGUUUCGUGUACAGUCCCAUACACAUUUUACUGGGGUAGUUUAACUCAAACAAUCUUACAAAUGUUUGUAAACUUUCUCAUAUGGAAACACUAACGAGUAUGUAGCUACCUAAUUAUAUAAAUAUAUUUUGGUAUGUCUAUUUUGGUAAUAUUAAUAUUUGUAUUUGACUCUUUUUUGUGCCUUCUUUCAUGGUCAAAUGUGUAUGCUGGUUUGCGUCCACACUAAUUAAUAUGGGUAUAAAUAAAGAUGAUUAUAUUU